AUGGAGGUAUCUGAAGCUAUCAUAAAGAGGUUGGGUCCAACCUUCCUUUCAACUCCGAAAACACAGGGGGAAUGGCUAGAUAUCUCCAGAAAGUUCAAUGAGCGUUGGAACUUCCCAAAUGGAUUAGGUGCUCUCGAUGGGAAGCAUAUCGUCAUUCAGCAGCCCCCAAAUUCAGGGUCUCAUUACCGAAACUAUAAAGGGACAGACAGUGUAGUGCUCAUGGCUCUUGUCGGGCCAGAAUAUGAGUUUCUUUAUGUGGAAGUUGGAGCGAACGGUAGAAAUUCUGAUGGAGGUAUAUGGGACCAAUGUAAUUUAAAGAAGGCGCUAGACAGUGGAUCGCUAAAUUUACCAGAGGUUUGCAAUUUACCAGGUCGAAACAACAAAGUGCCGUAUGUGAUAACAGGAGAUGAUGCGUUUCCUCUUAAGAAUUACCUGAUGAAGCCUUAUCCACAAAAAAAUCUGACAGUAAACAAACGCAUCUUCAAUUAUCGACUGUCACGAAAGAGAAGAAUUUCUGAAAACGGAUUUGGGAUAUUGGCAAAUCGGUGGCGCAUUUUUCGUCGACCUAUAAACUUAGAACCAGAAAAGGUUUCUACCAUCACAAUGGCAACAGUGGCAUUGCAUAACUGGCAGAGGAGCAAAAGUUCUGUGGGCAAAAUUGAGCUACCAAUUGGUCUUGUCGACCGAGAGAAUGAGCGUGGUGAAAUUAUCGAAGGUGCUUGGAGAGAAGAUACUCCUACUGGCACAUGGUUUUCACUGUCCAAUGACAUUUACGGCAAUCGAUCUAGUAAUCAAGCCAAAGCAAUAAGAGACGAGUUCACGGAGUAUUUCGUAAUGGAAGGUGCUGUACGCUGGCAGUGGCAUUGCGCUAGAGUUGACAUUUAA